AGUGUGACAGUCUCGUCUCUCAUUGGCUGAGCGUCUCUCGUGCACUGUGGCGCCGCUGACCGCGCGCGCUCUUCCUCGGUGAUCUUCAGCGGGUGUGUGUCGGUGCGCGGAUGGAGGCGGCGGUGCUGAAGCCGCGGAUGAUGGCGGAUGCUCGCGCCGAGCGGGAGGUGCAGAAGCUGCAGGAGCUCGUGCGGAAACUGGAGCGGCAGAACGAGCAGCUGCGGGCGCGCGCGAACAAUGUGCCGCCCUCGCCGGCGUGCCUGCGCGCGACCUCCCGCUGCAUCCCGAGCCCGGCGCCGAGCCUCGCGUGCCAGUAUUUCCCGCCGGACGAUCCGUUCCCGUAUUUCCAGCCGCAUUCCGCCGCGGAUGAUGAAGAUGAUGAGGAUGAAGAGGACGAGCUGAUGCUGCUGGAGCUGGAGAGCGUGAGUCCGAGCGGAGACUCUGACGAGACCUGGCUCUACGAGUCUCCCAGGUCUCAUCUGCGGUCCGGCGCCGGUCUGGACGCUCUGCAGUGGACUCGACAUGUUCUGGAUCAGCUGCGGCCCGAGCUGGACGCUGGCCGACACUCGCUCGGCCAAAGACUGGAGUCCGUCAGUAGAUGGAGGUCAGGCUUCUCCUCUCCUGCUCUUCCUCGUGCUCGUGUGGUUGGAGUUUCUCCUCUCUGCACCUCCUCUCCCUCCUCCAAACCCUGUGCUCCCCUUCCCAGCAGCACCUCCUGUGAGAGAGCAGGGCGCAGGGUCAGGCGCGGUGUGGACGGUGAUGUGAGCGCGUCUGAGCCGGACCAUGACUCUGUUACUCUGGGCUAUCGGCUGCAGGACCUCACGGACGUCCAGGUGAUGGCCCGACUGCAGGAGGAGAGUUUGCGUCAGGACUACGCCUCCUCUUCCUCCUCCUCCUCCUCCUCUGUGAACCGUCGCAGCGCCAGCUUCUCCUUCCAGUUCGGCCAGCGCGGAGAUUUGCACCUAAACGAGGAGGAGGAGGAUGAUGAUGAAGAUUACGGUCAGUUACCGCCGCCGCAGCCGCGUCUGAGUCGAGCCGGAGCGCUGCCGCAUUCACAGACCUUCAGCAGCAUCAGGGACUGGACGCGCAGCAGCACGCCUCGCUCCAGCGCAGCCCCGCAGACGCAGACGCAGACGCAGACGGGCCUCAGGAGCAGCUCAGAUAAGCUGAGGAGGAGUAUGCCGAACCUGCUGGUGUCUGCGGCUCUGAGUCCGGUGUCGUCGAGUCCGGCGCUGAGGAGCAGCCAGAGCUUCGAGUCGUCCGGUGCUCUGACUCUGACGCGUCUCCAGAGCAGCAUCCCUGCUCCAGCGCCGCUGCAGAACCGCGUGCAGAGCCUCGGGAGCUUCUCGUCCCGUCAGCCGCUCAAAGCCACCGCGUACGUCAGCCCCACCAUCAAGAGCUCCUCGGUCAGUUUACAGAGUCUGUCGGUCAGCGAGAUCCCUAAAGCGCCCGCGUCUCAGAUCCUGUCCCGCAGCGGUCUCCCGCGGCCCGCGUCCUUCAUCGCCAGCGGCUCCAGCCCCCGCGGCAGACUCUCCGCACCUGUGCGCAGUCUGCUGACCCCACCCAGGAGCUGGCGCGAGGGCUGUUACUGACCGCUCGGGAGUGUCCUGCAGGCCGGGCCGCUCGAGUAUCACCAAGUGCUCUUGAGGAGCAUCUGACGGCUCUCUCUCCUCCGGAGCACACACACACGCGUGUCACACACAUGCUGCUCAAUCAGGGACGGCUCGUCUCUGUGCUAAAGCAAUCGGGACGGAACUGACCAACUUGAUAUGGUUUGUACGAUUGUUUGAAGUUGGAAUAUGAUUCAAUUUUUAAGAUUUCAAAAGUUUUAACCAAAUUUCAACAGGUUUUUAACUGUUCACAGGUAUGAAAGACUUAAAUGUGAAUAUGUUAAUAUGAUUAAUAGUGCUUUUUAAUCACUGAUCUGUGUGGACCAGUUAUUGCACCAUUUGUAAACGUAUCAAUGUUUUGAUUAUAAUUGUUCUUCUUGUAUUAAUUUGAUGUUGCACUUUCACUGUUAAUGUUUAUUUUAUCGUGGAUUAUUUCUUUGGAUGAUUUUCGGAGGCCACAGGUGUAGCACUGUAUUUAUUUUAAAGUUAUCUUCUCAUCUCGUUUCCUUAAUUUAUCAUGUAAAAUAUAUUUAAAAGAGCAUUUUUCGUGUUUUGCACAUUGUUUCUGUAAAUGAAACCACACUUUUCUUCUUAAAUAUUUCUGUGACUGAUAUUUUAACGGGUGUGUCUGUAUUUAAAGUCCAAAUAAAGUUUUGUUUGUUUUUUA